GCCGCCUCGCUUCGCCUCGCCGCCAUGGGGGUGGAAGGCUGCACCAAGUGCAUCAAAUACCUCCUCUUCGUCUUCAACUUCAUCUUCUGGUUGGCCGGAGGAAUCAUCCUGGGAGUGGCCCUAUGGCUCCGUCAUGAUUCACAGACUACGAAUAUCCUCUACCUGCAGCUGGGGGACAAGCAAGCCCCCAACACCUUCUACGUUGGCAUCUACAUCCUGAUUGCGGUUGGUGCUGUCAUGAUGUUUGUGGGGUUCCUGGGAUGCUACGGUGCUAUUCAGGAGUCGCAGUGCCUUCUGGGAACGUUCUUUACUUGCCUGGUGAUCUUGUUUGCCUGCGAAGUUGCGGCUGGAAUUUGGGGAUUUGUCAACAAAGACCAGAUAGCCAAAGAUGUGAAGCAGUUCUAUGACCAAGCGUUUCAACAAGCACUCAUGGCAGAAUCGGAGACAAACAACGGGAAGGCCGUAGUGAAGACCUUUCAUGAAACGCUGGACUGCUGUGGUCCUGAUGCUGCAAUAGGAGUAAUCACUCCCUUAUGGAGAGAGGACCUCUGCCCAAAGAAGGACUCCUUCCUGAAAAGCCUUUCUCAGAUGACCACGAGCUGUCACAAAAAAAUUGAUGAGCUGUUCUCUGGGAAGCUGUACCUGAUCGGUAUUGCUGCCAUCGUGGUUGCUGUGAUCAUGAUCUUCGAAAUGAUCCUGAGCAUGGUGUUGUGCUGUGGCAUCAGGAACAGCUCUGUGUACUGAGAUGUGAGAGCUGGGGAGGGGACGGGACGGGGGGAGCAGGGCGGACGGCGCUAGAGGGAACCCCAAGUGCCACCAAGUGACCAGGAGACAUUUCAACAAAAGACAAAGAAAACUAUGUAUAUAAAUACUUCCAAUAUUACCAUUCAGUACUUAUCAUUUUUAUUUUGAAGUACUUUUUUUUUUUUUUAAUAAAUAAAACUUUCCCAUAUCCUUCUGGCUGAGUUAGUUACACAUCAGUUUUGUGUGAUAGGGAAAGCUGCUGUAGCAGGAGUUUUAGUCCUUCCUACCCCUUCCCACCCCAGUAAUUCAGAGAUAAUGUUCAUGGAAGAUGUACAGAGCAAAAGGCUGCAGCCUAUUAUCAGAAAUCUUUGCCUUGGUUUUUACUCUCUUUUUCGAUACUGACUUUUGUUUUUUAUAUAUACGUAAUUGGAUGCUGAAGCAGGAUUUAGCAUUCGUUCAUUGGUUCUCAUCUUUUCCACCCGUCACCCCAACUCCCUGGUGUUUCCAAGUCUGGCUGUAACUGCCUGAAGCCUGGUAGAAAGGAGAGGAAGCGGCCCCAGUCGCCUAGGUGAGAUGUACCCAGGGGGAUAUGGGGAUGGAUUGUUCCUAUCGAACCUGUUUGCGUUGCUAGAUAAACUAUUAACAGAACAUUUAAAUUUUUCAGCCUCUGAAGAGUGGGGAUGUUUAUGGCUUUUUGCUUUCUUCUGGGGGCUGUAAAUUUGUAAAUUGACUCAUUUACGUUGACUCAUUACAUUGAAGGGUCAGUGCCUGGGGUGAAUUUAGUCUUAGUUUUUCAGAUUUAACAAACUGAAAAUUAAGUCACUUUUUUUUUUUUUUAAACUUCCUUGAAUUUUUCUUUAUAGACAUAUAAUGUUUUGGGGAGAGUCUAGUGCUGUACUUAGUUUUUAGUGUUAUGCUAAUGCUUACAUACAAAUGAUAUUGGAAAAAAAACUUGAAAAAAAAAUCCUUAACUUUAAAAAUCAUACAUUUAUAUUAUACAGGAUAACUUUGGGGGGCUCCCUGCCAUAUACAUACACAUUUGAAAUUUAAUCUUUGUAUCACUUUCUUGUUCAACAAAAUUGUCCUUGCUUGUAGCAUAUUGUCACACACAUUAACAUUGCUAGGAAGCUUUCCUAACUUGGACAAAAUGUUUAUUUUUAAGACCUUCCAUUUCCGAUGAUAUUAACAGUAGGAAAUCAGCUUAUCAAAGCAAGGGAAUUCAGGAAUUUCGAUGGCACCAGUUGAAACACUUUCUUGUGACCUGCUAUGCUUUGAUUGCCAAUGAGAUGUAUGUGGCUUCUAGCGUGCGCCACCCUGGCGAGGUAGCGGGACAGCUGCUACCGUGUACAUAGAGGGGUAGGGUGACCCAGGUUCUAUGUAAUUAAAAUUAGAGUGUCUCUAAAAAGAUGAUCUAUAUGUAUAGUUCUAUAGAUAUAUAUUUUUAAGCAAAGCCUUUUCCUUAUAUUAUGGGCACUUGAGCUGGAAAUGGUAGCCUCUUUCAGCUCUUUGCCACAUUGAAGCAGAUAAGAGGAGGAGUUAAAAUUUGUCAUCACCUUCCUCGCUUCAGGAAUAUUUCUAUUUCUAAAGUGUUUUGCUCUCCCCUUCACCUUGAAGCUGUGACGAAGAACGCCAAAUCAGAUCGGGAGAGAGAGACCUGUGUUCAUUUUAAGGUAGUACCUUGUCCAUGGCACUUGGGUACCAUAGCCUUUGCCAAAACAGGAGAGGAAAUGCCUGCACUGGGGCAAACUGAUCCAUUCAGAAGCUUUUCUCCCCUUCCACUCACCCCUUUUCUGUUCUUGCCUUUUAGUAUAGGGCCUUUAAAAAGUAUAUACCUAUAUAUAUCAAGUUGUGCUAGGUAAGAGGAGGAAGUGCUUCAACAGACCUUCAGUUUGAGGGGGUUGGACAAGAAAUGAUUCAGCCUUAGAAACAGCCUUAAAGCAACACUGCCCUGAACGUCCACUUUGUGCACAUUGAGAACGAGACUAGAUUUCGCAGUAGGUAGCCCUUUCCCCUACUCCCCAGCAUAGAUCCUUCAGGUCAUCUACUCUGUUAUGUGGCUAUAUGUAUAUGCAUCACCCGAGCAUGUGUGUUUACAUAUACGUGCAUCAGGAUUGUUAGUAUACAGAAUGGAUGUGUAACUUGCCGCCUUUUUUGUUGACUGUUGAUAAAUGUGUAUAAAUAUGCCAUUAAGCAUUUUGAUUCUGUUUUCUUUCCUUAUACUGUAUUUUUGAUAUUGUUCAGUAUUCAGUCGAUGCUGUGUAAGUAGCUGAAGCUCUGUUUGAAAACGGACGGGGUCUCCCUGCAAAGAACUCGAUGCAGGUCAGGCAUGUCCUUGGGCACUACAGCUUUGGGGGUUUGGGUUGUCCCGUGCAGGAGCGAUUGGGAGAGAGUGGUACUUUGAGAGGGCGGACAGCCGUGGGAGGAAGAACGGCAGGAUGUUUGCUCAGCCCGUGUCCCUCCUGGAUGGGAUUCACUCUCUGGCUCCUAUUAAGAGGUGACUGGUGGCGACUGCAGUGAGCUGCAGCAGCAGCUACCUCCUCCUCCAGCGGGGACGUGCUGUGGGCACCCGGCAGCGUGGGAGCCGGGAGAGGGCCUGCUGAGGUGGGAGGAUCGCGGGAGGGGAUGGAGGAGGAGUUUUGCAACGGGAGGGUCAUGCUGUCUUCGAGGUUGUUAGCUGAGAGUCCCUGGGUUGGACUGUGUGGUCAUUAGCCAGAGCAGGAGCAGGUCACCAAGGGGAGAAGGGGGAGCUGGUUUGCUUAAGAGUGAUGAAGUAGCUGAGAAACCAGCAUGGAGAAACUACUCACAUGGGUCUUCUCUAGGCUGACCUCCUGUGAUGAUGGAACAGAGUUAAAACAAACACAACGGGGGCUUGCCUGUUAGCAAGUACUCGAGAUCCAAAAGUGACAGAGCUCUGCAGCUAGUCAGUCCCAAAGCUGGCCAAGGUGAAGGGGAAAAACACUGAGUGGGUAGCGCUCCUAAUCUUUUUCAGAUACUGUCCCGCAUAAUUGUGUGUUUGCGUGCACAAUGUGGGGCUCCAUCUUGCUCUCCCUGUCCCGUUUGUGGACUGAGUUAAAUUGUGGGCUGUAAAUACAAACCCUCACUCUGCAGGAAGCAUCUUCCCAGAGCAAGUGACACCUGAGAAAAUGGUUGUAAGCCUGAGCGGGGAGGAUGAGAGUGAGGGGUUGGGAGAGAGUGAACUGGCCAGGUCUGAGUUCAAAGACCACAGCACAAGGUCAAACAGAGCUGAGCUGCUGACAGCUUAACUGAAUGCUUGGGAUUCUUUCCGAAUGUGGAGCAUGCCACAAAGCAGUGUGUUUAACUUCUUUCUGCCUUUCUUUUUUUUUGUUUUUUAAAGAAACAAAACAAAAGUCAAUUUAAUAAACGUUUCUCAUAGUGUG